AUGCAGUUCAUUCUCAAUCCCAAGUUCAACUCUUAUGCACGCGCUCACGCGGAGGUCUACGGCACCGAGGGCUACAAGAGUCACUGGUCCCACGAGUUGAUCGGUGCUGCCGCCGUUUUCGAGGCGGUGAAGCUAUACGAGGACAAAAGGGUCGACGGUGGCCAGCCCGACAAUCACCUUAUGGCCAAGGAGCUCAUUGCUGGUAUCGCCGGUGCUGAAAUCGACAAUCUGUUCGAGACUAAGGGCAUUGACUUUAUGGACCUUGAGAAGGCCAAGCAUUUCGCUAAGAAGGAGGCGAAGGCUGCUAUCAAUCAGGACAACUACUAA